AUUGCACGAUCGGAAAUGUAUGCCACCCCGCUAAACACUCAUAGCCAUUGAGAACAGCGAAGGGGAAAAAAUAGAAAAAGAGAAAAAAGACAGAACAGCUACUUGUAGGAUCUUCCCAUUUGUUUAGCCUCAUUGCUUUCAUUCCAUUCUUCUUCCAGCUCAUUUUCCCCAUUUACUUUGGAGAGUCUACCCUCACACAAAAAUUAUUAUCUACUUCGGAUGGAGGCCUCCGGCGUUAACAGCAAGAGGCCUGCGUGUGAUAAUUGUAAAGGCAGAAAGACCAAAUGCGACCGCGAAACGCCAUGUUCAAGCUGUGUGGCCUCAAACUUGACGUGCCGCCUGACGCAUCGCUCAUCCGAGAGACGACAGCGCGUCCUCAUCUCGCCCCGCUAUGAUGAGGCCAUAGAGAGUGUUGACCGCUCGCUGAAGGAAGUCUCCCAGGCGGUGCAGCAGCUGCUCGAAAUUAACCAGCAAAAGUCGCACUCAUCACCACUUGUGUCCCCUCCAUCCUUCAUCGGCAACCACUCUCCCAACUUUCCCGGUUUAUCUGAGGGAUACAGAGGCGAUUCCUCGUUCAAAGCGCAUGUUCACCGGGUCACCGAUGCACUCAAGGAUGUGGCUGCAGACCUAGAGUCGACCUUGGGCGACGAUUCGGCGCUCUCUGCGACCAUGCAAAUGAUCGACCAGGCUACGGGCAGUGAAGAGCGUAGUCCCACUCAGACUGGCAGCUCGCUAUUGUCCGUGCAAGCCCAGCUUCCCGAGUUGGGGAGCAGGAGCCUGCCGUCAACUGACCGCGUUCUGAAGCUGGUUCGACUGUGUCAGGCUGAGAAGCAGCGUUUUUUUAUUGAUGUCCCCGUGAUUGACGAACGAGAGUUUGGUGAGUUCUGCCAAAAGGUUUGCUUUGCCAUCACCGACUUUUCCACUGUGGAUUGGAUCAUUGUCAACGCCGGUCUGUUCUUCUUGCUCCAAGGACUCAAACCGCAUCAUUAUGCUAUCGUCAACAUCACCGAGUUAGAACUCGAGGCAUGCUCCCAACUCCUCAAGGUCAACCUUGAGACAGCGAUACAAAAUUUGAAACUUUGCAGCGAGCCCUCGCUACAAGCAUGCCAAGCUCUGGCGGUCCUGUACACGUUUUGCAAUAAAGUAGGUCAAAGUACCCUGGCAUGGCAGCUCAUAUCGGCUGCGUCGAGAAUGUGCAUCGACCUAGGUUGGCAUAGACUACCUAGCAGUGAGCCGGAUUUCUUCAAAAGGCGACAAGUAUUUUGGCAUGUUUAUGUGCACGACAAAGCCAUGGCUUUCACAAUGGGCAGGACGCCGUCGAUCCAUCCUUAUGACGUAUCCACUGAGCGGCCGUCCAUACCCAAGGACUGCGUUCCGGGUGUACCAGUACAUCUCUAUUCUGGGUUCUUCGAGUAUGCAGUUAUUGUUGGCGAUAUGCACGUUGAGCUCUUUUCUGCUUCAGCGCUUCGGCAGCCGCUGGAAACACGGAGCCAGAAUGCCAAGUUGGUGGUUGCCAAAUUGCUUGAAGUCAACACACGCAUCAAACAGUCUGCCGAAUAUAGCCCCUCAGACGAUGAUCUCCACAAGGCGCUUGCCACACUGCUCGACUUCAUGAUGUACGGUCUUGUCGCAAUAGCUUAUCGUGUCAUCCCAUGCGAUGAAGCAAGCUAUAGCCCACUGAAAUGCAGCAACGAAUGCACAGAGGCUGCUCGAGAUGCCCUUCGUACAAUUGUGGGAGCCUUCGAAUCGUGGGGCCACCUCAGAAUCACCGGAUGGUCAAUGCUGCUCAACAUGAUGUUAUCUCUGGUGCCUUUUGCCUGCUUUGUAGUCCUUGCGGGAUAUACUGUGACAACGGCCUCCGAAGAGGACCUAACGCUCCUCUGCAGCACUAUCUCUGCCAUUGAACCCACAUCAAGCAGCUCGCCUUCAGCCAAGAAGCUGUACGAUGUGUGUAAGGCCUUUUAUGAGCUCGCCAGCUUUUCCGUCAAGCGAAGAUCCUUGACAAGCAAGGGACCGCAGCAUGCAGAGCAGGCGUAUGGAGAACGGGAACUUGAGGAUAUUCCUUCUUUACCAGAGGUCAAUUUCGCACCACCUCCGUACGAUCACAUCAUGGCUCCCCAGGACUGGGACGCCGUGAUGAAUGAGUUCGAUCUAGUCACUGAGGCCAGCGCUAUGGCUUCCUUUGUAGAACCUUACAUACCAUUUGAUGGUAGACUACCCUGAAUUUUCAUGUAACACGCAUUAGACCAAAUUGCAGCUCGGG